AUGGGAAAGAAGAGAUUUAUUCCAAGCCCCAAAGAAGAUUUGAUUAAAUGGAGUGAAUAUUUUUAUGAAUGCAUUAUUGACAACAAGAAUAUCAAGAAUCUAUGCCAUGAUUGUGAACAGUUAGUUAAUGUUUUGUUUGCAUCUGAUUUCAUAACGAAAGAAUCUAUCACAAUGUUCUUCAAUAACAAUCUCCCCGCAAUAAUCGAAGCGCUGGUACAGAAGUACAACGUUUCAAACAAAAAUUACGAGUCAAUAUUUAGGUCUUUCUUGGAUUUAUACUAUCAAAUGCUCAUUGGCGAAUAUUCUACGCAGUCAAAACACAUUCUAUUGAUAUUGGACCCGUUAACAACAUGUAAUUCGAAAAAUCAAGAAAGUUAUCAGGCAAAUGUACAGUAUUUUAUCGACAAUGUGUUUCUUUCUGUAAUAAGUUACGCAUUUGAAGAUGUUGGACCUAAAAUCAACUCAGUUUACUCAUCAAUUUUCACUUUACUCAAAAAUAUCACGAUUUUUAUUACCAAAGAGCAGAAUGACUUAGUAUUUAACCUUUGCAUAUCAUUCAUUGAUGAUCUAUAUAAUUUCGAUGAAGAUUGCGUCUUAGAUUUCAUUAAUUUUGCCAAAUAUCCAAAUUAUCAUGAAAUUCUUCAUAUGUUUGCUAACAAACUAUAUGAAUGUGUCCAUGACAAUGAAUUUGAAGCUUAUGAUUACAUAAAUUCCUUCAUUGAAUUAAUAGAUUUCGGAAUUGACUUUACAGACACUCCAUUUUGGGAAGAAGUGUGUGAAAGCAAGUAUAGAAAGAAAUUCAGAGAAAAAAUGAUCCCUUAUUUGAUGAAAAUUUCAAAUAAAUUUGAUAAUGAAAAAUUAUCCAAACUUUUUAGCAAAUUUGAUGACAGAACGCGUGAUCAAAUGAUUACAAACAUGAUGAACAAGCUCGGAACAUCAAAUUCAGAAGAAAUGGCGAAUAAAAUAAAAUUUAUUUUCCAAAUCAACGAAAAUCCCGAAAAUAUUCCAUGGAAAUCCAUCAGCAUGUCCUACAAAAGCAAUCCGAAGGCUUUCGAUUCAGAAGUUUGCAAAUUAUUAUUAUCCAAAAUAGAAUCCAUCAAAAAACCAUAUGAAACGGAUGCCAUAUUGAUUAUUUCACAACUUAUAUCCAAUGUUGCAUGCGAUCUUGAGAAAAGGAAGCAAAUUGCAGAAGAAUUCCAUCAAUUCAAGAUUAUUUCGGAAAAUAUCAUGUUAAGUGAUGAAGAAAUUGAGUCAUUGUUAGCUUCAUACAGGAUAACAUAUGAUAAGCAGACAAUUAUCACGGAACUGAUGAAUGAUUUCAUUAAAUAUGAGAAUUCUUUCAAAAUCAGGGAAAAAAUUUUAAGAAUUAUUCCACAAAUCAUCUCUGAUGGCAACAAAUACGGGGAAUCAUCAUCAAAAGAGCUUGAAGGCGACAAAUCAUCAUUAUAUGUUAAUGUUCAAUCAGAUUUCGGAUUUAAUGAGUUAGAAAUCAACAAAAAUUGGAAAAUUAAUGAGUUAUAUUCAUAUUUCUCUAUAUUAGAAGGACUUCCUGUCAAUGAAUUUACUUUGUUUUAUGAUAAUCAGUUGAUAAAAGAGCAACAAAAAGUUUCUGAUUUGAAAAUCGAUGAAAACAAGUAUUUAUUGAUAAAAUACAACAAAAUAAAUACUAUUCCGAAAAUCCCUGUAACAGCAAGACUCGAGAAACGUUCGGAUUUAAUAACAAAAAUAGUUUCAAUCCCUUCUUCUGCAACAAUUAAUGAUCUCAUUCAAAUUCUAAAAGUGACAUUCAAAAUCAAUGGAAUUUACGGUUUUAAAUUGAAUGACAAAAACAUCAAAACGAAGAAAACUAUUCAGGAAUUGAGUAUGAACAAGAAUGAUGUUAUUUGUAUAAGUAAAAUCUCUGAUGAUGAAGAAGAAAGUUAUUUAACAAUAAAAUUCGUGAAAGAAAUCAUAAAAUCAAAUAAUUUUGAUGUUUUAAGGAUUUCUCCGCCUCCCAAAGAAUUGAUUGAACAGAUGAAUGAUAUGCCGACAUUUGUACAAACAUUGAAAGACGAGAAUGACGUGAAUUAUAUUGAUUACGUUUUGAAUUUGAUAAAAGAAAAGAAUUUUCUUCAAAAUUUCCUUGAAAAUGGCGGAUACAACCAAAUUGUUGAUUUUAUCAUUGACGGGUUGGAUAUUACUAAUAAUAUGAUACAAUGCGUUGACAACCAGUUCGAUGUCAGUUAUAAUCUCAAGGAAUUUGCUGAAUCUUUGUUUUCGGAAACAAAAGAACAAAAUCUUGAAAAUUCUGAAAAAAUUUUGGAAAUUUUGUUCAACAAAUCAAGAAAUAACCAAGAAACACUGUUACCUGAUCAAGAUCUUUUACUACAAUAUUUAGAGAAAAUCAAUGAAAAGGCAAGAAAUAAUCUUUUGUUGAUUAUUUCGAAAAUUCCAAAUGAAUUUGAUGUUUUGUUGAAAUAUUACAGAGAAAAUCCAAAUGUUUUCGCAAAAUACUUCGAAAUAUUCAUGUCUAAUGAUGAUACAUCUAUCGAUGAUUUGAUUUUCUACAUGAAAUCAGAGAAUUCUAACAAAGAAAAAGUUUUGGAAAUUUUGGAAAAAAGAAAAAGUGUCAAAAAUCGCAAAAAAAGUGACAAUAUCAUUGACAAAAAGUAUUAUGAUGAUAUCUAUUCUGUUUUUAGUUAUGUUAGGGAUAUUUAUCAGCUUAAGAUCUUGAAUUUAAUUAGUGAUUACAAACUAAAUCCUGAAAAUCUUCAAAAAUUGGUAGAAAACAUUGGAAAUUUAGAAUAUAAAAAAUGGAAUAAUCAUGGAAAUAUUGAGGAAUCACAGACAUUAUGUCAAUAUGUUGUUGGUAUAAUUAAUCCAGGAUCUAUUUGUUACGUGAAUUCUUCUUUACAACAGUUGUUUUAUUGCAAACCAUUUAGAAAUUUCAUUUUGAAUAAUGAUUUCGGAAAUUCCGAACAAAACAAUGAAUUAAAAAAUGUUUUUAAUAUGUUGCAAGCGAAAACUGAACAAAUGAUAUCGUUAGAUCUCUUCUGUAAUGUUUGUAAUGUAUUUCCAGGUUCAAAAUUAUCAGAUCAACAACAAGACGCACAAGAAUUUUUAACUUUAUUGAUAGGAAACAUUAAAAAUGCUGAUAAAAAUUUUAAUUUCAAAAAUGUUACUUCUUUUAUUAAUAAAUCAACAGGAACUGAAGUUAAUCAAAGAGUAGAAGAUAAUUUAAUGCUUGAUUUAACUGUCAUUGGCUACAGAAACUUCGAACAAUCAAUGAAUUCCGUUUUUAAUCAAGAAGAAAUUAGUGGUUAUAAUUAUCAUAACCAAAAAAUUACUGCCAUCCAAAAAAAGUCAAUUAAGGAUUUAUCAAAUAAUUUAAUCAUUCAUUUGAAGAGAUUCGAAUUUACUGAAACAGGAGAAAUCAGAAAGAUUAAAUCUAAAUUCGAAUUUCCUUUCGAAUUCAACUCGAAUGUUUUGGAUAAAAAUUCAAAUUUGAAUUAUAAAUUGCAUGGAGUUAUUUGUCAUCAAGGAGAAGCUUUGUUUGGUCAUUAUAUCUCUAUUAUAAGGACAAAGGAUUUAGGUUUCGUAAGAUUGGAUGACGGAGCAAUUUCUCUUAUUAAUGAAAGAGAAUUUAGAGAAACAACACUUGGAGGAGUUGAUGAUUAUGAGACAUUUACUGCUUAUAUUUUGUUUUAUUCUGUUGAUGAUUUAAUCGAAAUCAAAUCAGAAAAAGUCCAAGAAAUCAAACAAAAUAAUGAUGUAUUUUUAACAAAAGAGUUCUAUAAUUUUGUAAUGAACCAAAAUGAUCCUUAUUUGGCUUUGUCUUAUUGUCUUAAAUGUUAUAUAAGAACAAGAGAUGAAGAUAAACAUUGUGAUGAUAUUUACGAUUUAAUUAUGAAAGGAGAAAAAUCAGAAAUAUGUGAAAGAAUUAAAGAUUUCUCUAGAGAAUUAGUUGCUGCUAUUAAGAGUUCAACGAAUAGAAGAAUUGUUAAUUUAUCAAUGGAUCUUUUGAAAUAUGGUUUGAAAUCAGAAGAAAAAUCAGAAAGAAAAUCAAUUUUCAACAAAAUUUACAAAGAAAUUGAUUCAAAAUCUCCUAAAUUUGUUAAUAGUUAUUGUGAUUUGAUUCUGAAUUAUCUUAAGGAGCAUUUAGAUGAUAUUAAUGAUCGUGGUACUAAGCACAAUAAGUUCAUAGAAAUCAAGAAUGACUUGAAACAUCAAAAAGACUUUGAUUUGUCAAUUUUGGAUGAAUUGUGUGAAAUUACUUUUGAAAUUAACUCAGAAAAAAUGGCAGAUGAAUUCAUUACAUCAGUUAUAAACAGCAAAGAUUACAAGCAGCUAUAUGAUACUAAGACCGAUAUCAUUAUUAAAUUCUUCGGUGUCAUGUGCUUUGAUUUAUUAUUUGAUUCGAAUUUAAUUGAUGUUGGAAAACAGCUUUUGUCAAAAUUAAUUGAAGAAAAAGCAUCCGAAACAAUCAAUCUUUUCUUCGAUGAACUGUUCCAACAACAAAAAAGAUUAAUCUUCAAAGGAUAUAAAGGGCAAAAAGAAGAUGAAAGAAACUGCUUUUUGACUGAUUAUCUGUCAAUUUUCAUUAAAUCAUUUGAAAAUUCAAAAGAUUUGAGAAGUCAAUUGACUUUUCAGAGGUUUUUGCGGUUAUGUCACAUUUAUCAUGAAAAAUAUUGUAGUCCACCAGCAACUACUUUUAGACAAGCAAAAAUUGCCCAAUUAUUAAUAGAAAUUUUACUUCUUUUUGAGCCGAAAUAUUGGGUAGAAAAUGAAAUUAAUUUUGAUGAUGGCGAUGAAGGACUUGUAACUCUGAAAAUUGAACCAGUAGAAAUGACGAAUACAAUUCUUUCUUAUAUAAUUAAAUUGGAUAAUUUUGUUUUUGAUGUUUUUCCAUGUGUUAUCAAAGCAGUUUUGAAAGGAAAUGAGAAAUUAAUUAGUAUUCUAACCGAAAAUGAUCGUAAAAUCAAAAUAAUUGUAAAAUCUAAUAAUAAGACAAUCAUUUCUUUGUUGAAUGAUUUGUUUGUUCAAAAAUUUGAUAACGAAGAAAUUAGUGAAAUUAUGAUUCCAUUUAUUCCUGUUUUUUACGCUGUAGACCAAAAACUUUCUAUUUUUGAUCAUUUUCUUGAUCACGGAAGCCUUCAACAAAAAGAAGAUUUGUUGAUUUGCAUGGCACAAAGAUGUAGAAAUGAUAGUAUAUUUCAAAAAAUAUUCCCUUACAUUGAAGAAAUAUUAAAAGACAAAAAUAUUUCAUUUAUUAAUUACUUUGUUGAUUAUGGACUCAAAUACCAGGAAACAUUUAUUGGAUAUUCAGAAGCAUUCAACAGAAUCAAGGAAGAACUUGAAACAAAUACAAAUAUUAACUAUGAUGAAUUACUUCUUAAUCUUUUGAAAGUUUAUAUCAAAAAGUUUGAAAAUGAAAAAGAAUUUUUCAAAAUUGGAGAAAUCUUUUUGAUUGUUUUGAAGAAGAACUACUUUGAUGAAAAGGUAGAAUACAAACAAACAGCUGAAUUCAUGGAAAAGAAUAAGAAAUCAAGAAUGGUUGUAUUUUUGUUGUCUUCUUUAUAUCCUUUGAUGAACAGAAGUUUCGAGAAUAUUAGAUACCAAGAAGUAGAAGAUAAAGGUGAGUUAGUUGAAUUAAUUUGCGAUCUAUUAGCAAACAAAGAUGAAUGCGGAGAUAAUCUCGAUGAUAUGGCUUUAGAUGACGAAUUAAUUUCCAUUUUGUUCAUCUGCGAAUUGGUCAAAGAAAAUCCAGAAUAUAAACAAAGUUUCUCUUUGAAACCUGAACAAUUAUCAGAAAAAACAAGAAGUAAUCAAACUGUCAUUGAUACUUUAUUUACAGAAUAA